CCCAGGGCCCCUUCAAUGAAGGGGAGCGCGACGGAAGGGGAGGGGAGACCCAGGUCACCACCAGGGUCGCGCAGACGGUCGCGUCUCGCGCGCCGCGGCGUCGGUUGGAGAGGGGAGCCCCUCUCCAGGGCGGCAGCGCCAGGGCGCCCCCCUCGCAGGGGCGCGGGCGGCGGCGCGACGACGGGGAGGCGAGGCGUGGGCGCCGCGGCGUCGCGCGGCUGCCGCGGCCGCGCCAACGAGGCUUCCCACGCGGCGGGGGUGGGUCGCGGCGUUCAAGUUCGUGGACCAGGACACCAACGGCUUCAUCUCGAGGGAGGAGUUUACGGGUACUGGUGGCCACGGCGCUCUCUUCGACGCCAUCGACACCAGGCGCAAGGGUGUGGACGGCGGAUCUCGUUGACUGACUGGUGCAAGGCGUACGACCGGAUGGACAAGGACAAGAAGCUCAAGCUUUCGAGGCCAGGCGUGCAUUCCUGCAGUGCCUUCCUGUCGUCAAUAUUUCGCAUGCGCGCUAUAGUUCGGGAGCGAAUCAGGACACCUAUGCGUUUUGCAGAACGAGCUGGAUUGCUCAACAGCGUUUGCUUGCCGUAGGGGUCGUUGAUGAUACGCCGUUCGAGCAUCUUUGUUGAAGCGUGCCGUCUUUGGCUCGAGCCAGUUCGGAGCGAUUGGAGAAUAUCCGUUGGCCCCACACAAACGACUGAAUCCGCAAGGUCAGCACCAAGGAAACCGCGCUCCUGUUGAUGUGCUUGCUCGCGGUCUGGCCAGAAUGCCAUGCGGCUCCUGGCUCCCUCCAUGGCAGACCCGCCUUUGCCAAUUUGCAGAGGGAUGCGAGGCCCACCCCGAGAAUCGAAGAACGAGUUG